AUGUCUGCUACUGACGGCUCUAUCAUGGCCAGCGCAAUUCGCGGUCAAUCUUCUACAGAUCCUUUCAUGCAUGGAUGUAUUCACAGCAUGGAUAUCCAAGUUGUUCCACUUGGUAAUAGUUGUGUUCUUGACACCAUCAGGGACGAUCCUAUCCAAACAACACUAGGCAAUGGCGAAAAGGUACUGCUGCUUGCGCAAGUCCAUAUCAAAUCGUCUCACUCCACCAAGCAGCCGGGCCAUGUCAGACACAGGUCAGAUGAUCUGAUUGAUGACUUGGAGUAUCAACUGGGAGAUUCCAAUCUCGAGUACAUACGCGUCUCUGUCAAGUACAAUCAUUCGGCAUUCUUUUGCCAAAGUCGACCUGACAUCAUCGAUAACAUGAUUGAAGGAGGCACAAAACUAGAGACAUUUGCAACGGCCGUCAUCAAGCAACACGAUCACCGAUCACCGUGGUCUCCAAACAUAGCCCCAACAUAUAACCCCAUUACGAGCAUCGUCCAUGACAACUAG